UAUUGUAAUAAAUUCGUGUUAGAAAAACUUUUAAUAUAAAAUAUAACUUAAUGACAGAGAGAGAGAGAGAGAGAGAGAGAGAGAGAGAGAGAGAGAGAGAGAGAGAGAGAGAGAGAGAGAGAGAGAGAGAGAGAGAGAGGGAGAGAGAGAGACAGAGAGAGACAUAGAGAGACAUAGAGAGAUAGAGAGAGAGAAUAUAUACACACAAACUACCACAUCGAUAUGCCAGUCCAAUUACGACACAGCGCCUAGCAGAACAGUCAUGAAAGCAUAGCCACUGCUCAUCCACCAUCACAAAAAAGGUGGUUUCAGAACAGCUUUAUAUACAGUCACAAACUGCACUAACAUAUAUUUACUUAAACUCGCCAACUUAUUGGGCCUGUAGUCUGAAAACCACUUAUUGUGACCUACCAAAAAUAGUGGUGCUAUGUACAUCUACAGGGUUUCAGCUUUCUAACUACUGUUUAGAAAGAACAUGUAUAUGAAUAUAGAUCAGUAAAUCAUUGUGGGAUAGAGUAAACCUAACAACACCAACUUACUUGGUCAGACCUAAUUAAAGUUUGGGCUUUGGCCCAAUUAUAGUGUUUAAAAUGUUGACCCAAUAAUAGUAUAUACAUGACCCAAUAAAUGUAUAUAAAAUGAUGACCCAUUAAUGCUAUAUAGUGAUGAACCAGUAAUGGUAUAAAUAUGACCCAAAUGAUGACCCAAUAUUUGUAUAUAAUGGUGACCAAGAAAUAGUAUAUACAUGACCCAAUAAUGGUUUAUUAUACAAUAGUCUUAUUUCAGAAUAAAGGUUAUUUUGGGUUUUCCCAGCAAAUCCGGGGGACAUACAAAUUUUCACAGUUACAUUCUCGAAAGAAACAGCAAAAGGUAAUCGUAUAUAUUGCGGUUGGUUGCACCAUGAAGCUAUAAUGGUAAAAGUUAAUUUGUACCUUGGGAUAAGCAUGGAAAACCCCACAUUUGCAAAGUUCCAGAUUACAACUUUUAUUGACUGGUGUUGUGGUCAAUAUAAAGUUUUGUGGACCUGUAAAAUUGACAUUGAAACCUAUCAUAAUCUAGCAUUUACGUAUACAUGUAUUUAUUGUCAGAAUCAUUUUUGACUAUAUUGCACUGAAGGUUUUUGGUAUGUUUCUUAAUUUUGUUAUCUUUUUCAGGGUUAUGUACAACCCAACAAGUAUAAAUGUGUCUUAAUAAGCGAAACCGACUUUUCAAAAUUCGAAGACUAUUCAAUUAAUUCUGUUUUAAUUCGUUAUAAAGUAUCAUUAUGUUUGUUUAUUUGUACAUGAAAUGAGCUUAUCUUAGGAAGAAAUGACCUGUACAUUUUUGCAUUAAUAAAUUUCAAAAUUUGUUUCCUUUUUUUUCAUUACGACUUAAAAUUUUAGAUCGCUAAAUUUAAGUUUUAUGUCAGAUAGGUUAGGAGCCGCUGAUCUUGAGCCUUGAUUCAUCCUUCAACUAUACCUCCCCCUCCCACAUUGGAGUUAGGGUUUGGGUAUCCUGCUGGCAUCAACCUAAUUUUGCUAAACUUCUUCAUACAGUAAUAUUGGAACGUCAUUUUCAUGACUUAUUACAUAAAGUUCUACGAUGAUUUCGCUUAGAAAAUGUAUUUCUAUCAGUCAUAUUGAAGCAUUUUGGAUUUUAAAGCAGCAAGCCUCCAGAUUCCCGCUAAUAUUCAUGAAAAUUUUUGAACAUGCAUUUGAAUGUAUUAUAUUGUGAAACAACCAAUAGGAAGCAACUUGCACAUAGUUAGUGGCACUUACAACCUACGAAUAUAACCUAAAAGCCCUUACUGCGUUAGUAAUGCAAUAUAAAUUUAGCUGUAAAUACUGAAAAAUCAGUCAUUAUACGCACAUAACAUGUAAAAUUGUUAAUUGAUUAUUGAAUAAUUUUACUUUUCCUAAAAUCGUAGUUCAUAUUCUCAAGUUUGAUUUUAUUGAAAUAUUUUCACUCAUCUGGAGGCAUGCAGCUUUAAUAUGUUAUUUCAUUAUUUCAUAGGUGUUUUAUUGAAGAAUGAAAAUGGUUUAUGCUGGUUUGGGUUUAACAAUUUAGAGUGAUGACCCAAUAUUUAAAAACUAACAGAGUGAUCGUUGUAUUUUAAACUCCAUAUGUUUUAAAAGAGAGAAAUUAUUUUUGAUAAAAUUAGAGACUAGUUAGUCAAUAGACCAGAUUGCUGUGGUUUACAGUUUCAUUGUGCAAAUGAAGAAAUAUAUCUAUAUCAUUGAAAAGAAUAAGACCAACUACAAAAUGUUUGCGAUAUUUUCUAUUUUAGCAGUUUGCAAAGAUUCCAUUAGGAAAUCGAGUCCUUACAAUCACUCUGUUAGUUUUGUUAUAUAUCACAUAUUUAUAAAACAUAAAUAAUGAUUUUUCACUAUGUUUUGAGUAAGCAUCAGUCUGACAGUACCAUCAAAUACCACAUCUUAGAAACAAGAUGUCAGGGACACACUUACUGCAUGGAGUGGUGUGUAACUAUUAUGGCUUACUCUGGUACUAUACAUCUUAACAUCUUACUUUCAAAAAAUGUAUUCAUAAUGAAACGGCCCCAGGUUUCUGUCAAAUGCUAAAAUCAUUAUUGUCAAAGGAGAAAAAUCACUAACAACAAUUAACGUUAAAACAACUACUUAAAACCUAUCAACAAUUCUAGCACUGUUAAACGAUGGGUUUUGAUGUCUAAAUGUUGCCACAAAACCCUGUAUAUUUUUUCAAUGACACAAAAUAUAAAUCAUCCAAACACACAGAAUAUUUUAAACUAUAAAUAUUACAUUCUAAAAAGAUGUACAAAACUGUAGUAUAUCAUCAAUUUUAAAGAUGAACAUUCAAUUGUUAAUCAACUAUGAUCAAACAAAACUAGCAAAAAAAAGUAACUAUAUGCAAGACCUUUUACAACAUAAAUCUGCACUACAUCCUCAAAGACUUUGGGCAUUGGAUUGUCUUUGAACCAGAAAAAGUCAGUUUAUUUUGAUUUAGCCAAUAUCAUAUUGUUCAACUUGGCUCUUAUUUGAGUCCAGCUUCUACAUGAAAGUUCUGAACACGUCUGUUGUGCCAACAUAAUAUCUGAAUUAUGUUAACUCGCUCCCACACGGUUAAGGUACAGUUUGAAUGUCUUCCUUACAAAGAUUCCACAGUUUGGCCCCAAGGCACCUUAUUGCUACGCUUCCAUAAAAAUUAGAGCAUACGAAAUGUUUGCUUGAUUUCUUAAAGAUAACUAGAAGUAUGUACAUAUAAAAGGACGUUGAGGGUCUUGGAUUGCUCACCUGUGCCUGGUAGAAUUUGAUUUUGGUUUAUGUAGAGCUGUCACUGAUUCAGUGCAAAGCAUAUCGACGAUAUACCGAUAUUGGAUGAUAAAUAUUGGUGAUAUAUCGAUAAAUGCUCCUAAUCUCUUGUAUAUAAUACUUUUUGCUACAUGUUUAAAUGAUUUUAGUAAAAUAAAUGUUCUGUUCAUGCAAAAAUGUUGUGUCCCUUUUCUAAAUGACAUUUUGCAUGAUUUUUUCUGACUAUAUUUUGUCGUCAUCACUGCUAUGAAAUGUGUCCAUUACCAGAUAAAUGUUAGACAUGGCCAACUGCUUUUGAAUAUGAAUUUAGUGAGUUUUCACAAUUUAUAGACAUUAAAUGGCUUAGAUCAGUUUUGAAUCAGGUACUAUAGGGUCAGGUAUGCAAGUGGCAAAAAUCACAAUUUAAAGUCUGUUUUCAGUCCAAUUGAAACAGACAACAAUGCCUCUGGACCGUCUUUAUGAAUGGCAAAUAAACUUUGCUGUUAUAGUAACAUUGGGGAUAAGUGCACUGUGGACACAUUUGUAGUUUUUAUUUGUCAUUUUCAGCUACUCAGACUUUGCGAAGACAUACAGUUAGGAUGGUCUCUUCAUCUAGCCAGUAUAAUGUUAGCGACUGUACUGAAUGUCUCCCUGACAGAGAUGAUACAUUCCAUUGUUUAACACCGUCAACAUCUAAUAAGAAAGUUACCAUAUUCUCACCACUGAACACGUCAUUCCAGUCAGCAUCAACUGUAUACAUGGAUGACCAAGAAAAUGACCCAGACUACAUGCCAGAUGAUUCCUUCCACAGUGACACUGAUGAAGAAUGCCAUGAACAAGAUGACUCAGUAAAGCAACGAAAGUUUCUUGUGUUUGAAGACAAUCUUAUGGAACUUUUUAAUUCUUGUCAAGUUUGUUGGCAUAAAACCGAAGCACAAGUAAGCCAGGUCCAGGGUUCCUAUGCUGCGGUGCGUCAGAUAUGUGACUGUGGUCAUACAAGGCGCUGGGAUUCUCAGCCAAAAGUUAAUGGUGUGCCUGCUGGUAAUAUUCUAUUGAGUGCUGGGAUAUUGUUUUCAGGAUGUUCCCCAACAAAGUUCCUACGUGUGUUUAACUUUAUCAAUGUUAUGUGUGUGACAGUAAAUACUUUUUUUGACCAUCAAAGGAAUUCUUUGGCCUGCCAUAGAAACAACAUGGUGUGAGAAUGAUGAGAACAUUCAGAGAAAGAGGAGGAGAAGUUGUUGUGGCCGGUGAUGGAAGAGCAGACAGUCCUGGUCAUUGCGCCAAGUAUGGUGUCUACUCACUAAUUGACAUGAACUCUGGUCAAGUCAUUGGUCUCCAUAUUGUACAGGUAAAUUAAUAAAGAUUCAAUUAUAGAAUAUUCAAGAUAUCCUGGGAACAAAAUCAAAAUUAUAAAAUGUAUGACUUUUUUAUGUCUGAUUCACAUUGUUUUAUGAAUGAGUCUUGAUGACGACUGUUUAUUGAAAAACUAGUAUUGAUUAUUGCUUUAAAAUCAGAACUCUGCCAUAUAAUUUGCAUACAUGGACAGCGUUUUUUUUUCUCUUCUUUGGGAAUGGGAAUACCAGACUGAUUGGGAAAAAUGUGUUAUUUUUACUUAAAUUGGGAAUUUUUUGAUGCAUUUUUUCAGCUACAAAUAAGAUAAGUCAUCAUGAAUAAAGAUAGGUAACAACUGCCACUGCCACUGUCCAGAUAUAACUAUUGAGUGAUGAUUUAUAUGAAUAUGCUGGAUUUUAAUGAUUUCAGAGAAAUAACUUGGCCUUGUGGAAAUUUUUAACAGCCAUUUUGGGAAUUCAAACAUUAGAAAUUGGGAAUUUUAAUGUCUAUUUACUAUUUGGAACAGUACCGUUUUAGGGUAGUGGUUAUGGAAAGAAAACAAAAACUUAUGGCAAAGCACGUCCUCCAUUUUUAUAAUGCUUUUAGUUUAGGAGAUUUUUCUGUACAUUACAGUUUUGAAUGUUAUGUCACUUAGUAACUUAUGUCACUUAGUAACUUGUUAUUUUUGCAGUCGUGUAAGUGAUCCUGUAUUUUGCAUUUUCAGAGUAAUGAAGUAAAAUUAAGCUACAAUAUAGAUCUUGAAGGAUUAAAGAGAGCUGUUUCUGCAUUAAAUGGGGCUGGAAUAAAUAUUCUUGAAAUUAUAACAGA